UCUCUAGAUUUACAUGGAACCAAAAUGGCCGACGGUGGCAAAAAGUUGCUGAAGGUACUCUGUAUACAUGGUUACAGACAGAAUGCCCAAACGUUCAGAGAAAGGACAGGCGCCUUCAGAAAAAUUCUGAAGAAGCAUGCUGAACUAGUGUUCAUCACUGCACCACUGCCUGUCAAGCCAUUGGAGAACAAUGAUGAAGAGGGGGGAGCGAUUGGUGCCAGCAAGGAAGAUCAGUAUGGGUGGUGGUACUCAUCGAAUGAUGACAGUUUCCAUGCUCAGGACUACACAGAUGUCUGCAAAGGGUUUGACCAAUCUGUAGAGGUGGUGAAACAAGUAUUCAAAGAACAGGGCCCAUUUGAUGGUGUUCUAGGUUUCAGUCAAGGAGCUUCUUUUGUGGCUAUGCUUUGUGCACUCAGGGAAAAGAAUGUGGAGCCGUUUGCGUUUGACUUUGCCAUCAUGGUGGCAGGGUUCCGCAGCAGGUCCUCUCAGCAUGAUGAGCUGUACAGCACCAAGGUCACCUGUCCUACCCUUCAUGUGUACGGAGACACUGACAGAGUUAUACAAAAAGAGAUGAGUGUAGAGAUGUUACAGUACUUCAAGGAACCUGUAGAGUUGAAUCAUCAAGGAGGUCACUUCAUACCAACAUCAGCACCACAGAAGAAAGUCUACUUGGAUUUUCUCAACACCUUUCUGGCUAAGAAAAAUAGUUGAACCAAAUAUUAUGUGUACUUGGUACUACUGUAGAAGUGCAGGGCUCAUGGAGGGCUCAUGAAGGAUGUAGUUAAAAAAAAAAACUUUCCUGUCACGUAAACUGUACUGUAAAUUAUGUACAAGUUCUAAAUAAGAUAUUUUGUGUGUUGUGCCGGCUGCAUCUAUCUAUAUGCUCUACUACAUAUUCUAGGAGAUUGCAUCUUGUUUGAAAAGUGUCCCCUUUAUAAGUGUGUUGUUUGGCAUAUUCUAUUUAUGUGUGCUUUUGCAUGCUCACCUGUAGCCUUCAUGACAUGUUCCCAUGAUGACAAAUGAACAGACUGAUUGCACUGAAGUGUAUAAUCGUAUAUUGAACCCAUUGGGAAAACAAGAAACAAAUUACAGUAUACAAUGCUUUAAGAUGUGCAGACACAACCAAAUGUCAGCCAGUACUGGCUGUUGCAAGCCCCAAAAUGUGAACAGGAAUGCUAUUGCCAAAGACAGCAAUUUAUAUGUAUUCAUAAAUUAUAGAAAACCAAUUUC